AUGGCGCCUUCACUUAAUACGCACUCAUCUUUUACGCGCCCGCGUACCAGCGACCGUGACGCUCGACCGAGUACGCGCGACCAGGGCGACACCAACUUGAUCAUUCCGAGCAGGACUUCAUCUCUUCACUCUCGUAUCACACAGCCAAUUCCUUCUACUCUCAAUUCAAAGCCCCAACAGCGAACACCGAAGACUCUAACCCAUGCCUACAUGGUCUGUGGUGUCGGCCGAGAGCCUUCUCAAUGGGUUAAGGCUCCCGCCCCGAGUCAAGGAAAGAUUGGCCACAUGAAGGGCGCAGUUGGACAAUUCUGGCUCCCGGAGAUUCUCGGUAGUAGUCCUCGUCUUGAACAGGACAACGAUAUUGCUCGAGCCUUGCACGCUGCUAUGAGGGCUUGUUUCCCGCACGAUGUCGAAAUCUGUACCGGCCGCAGUCAACCCCACUGUGUUCACCAUGCGUUUGUUCUCCAGCAGGAUUCAUCUCACACUCUCUAUGGCAUCUGCCUGCGUGUAUGGUCAAGGGCGGACGAGAAGCGAGCAGAGACUAUUAGGGAUCUAAGGAAACGAACCGAGACGGAUUAUUACGACAAUGCAGAUGAGACUUACUGGAUUCCCUACUGUUUGUCGUUCCUUUCUCGAUACCCCUUGUACAACCUUCUUGGCGACUACUUGCGAGGGAUGUGGAUUCACUGGAAUAAGGCUACCAAUCUCUUCCACGCCGAAGAGGUAUCGCGAAUUCUCAGUUUUCCCGCGCCGAGAUUGAAUGACUUGGUCCGUAUAGAUAUGAAGGAUUACGCCCUCUGCUACCAGUUCCCUUCGUCCCCUACGGGUUUCCAAAACUUCGCUAUGUGGCCUUUGUGGACUUGUCUUUCGGUCCCAAACAUCGUUGGUGUCAUCGAAGCGGCCAUAUCCCCUACUAGACGCAUUAUCUUUGUUAGCCAUUAUCCCGCGAUGUUGACAAUGGCUGCUGAAGCUAUUCGCUUCUGCGUUCGAGUUUAUGAAUGGAGUGGCCUUUACGUACCGGUUGUUCAUGCUCGCCACGCUAAGGAGUUGGUCGAGGAGCCGGGCCCAUACAUCUUGGGUGUUACCGCAGAAUGCAGGUCUCUUUUCACUGCUCCGAAUGAUGCCCUUGUUGUUGAUUUAGAUCGCAACUUUGUACUGACAUCCAGCCCUCCGACUGCCCUGAACGCAAACCAGCGCAACAAGUUUGUGACAAGACUGACACAAGCUUUAAACGGUGAUGUCACGCCUUCCGGUGUUCCUCAGCAUUUGCGUUCUGCUUAUGGUGGUGGAAAGUUGGUACCCGCUGGUCAAAUCAUCGUCAUGCGCGGUGAAGUCGAGUCUAUUCAAGAUCCCGAGUGGUGGAACCAGGAUGCUGUAAUGGCCGUAAUGGACCACGUCUGUGAGAAGAUGGGCCGUAACACAGGUUUGAAGGCUGUAUUCGGUGGCUCCGUCAAGAAGCCCUUAAUGACGAAGGUUUCGAUGCGGCAUCUGAACGAGAUUGUUCGAGAACGCAAUCAAUACUCCCGUGACGCUCUAGAAGCAUGGCAAGAUUUCAUCAACCUUAAAGGUCGUAUGGACACAGAGCUCAGCAAAGUUACGAAGCGGAAUAACUACCUUGUGGAAGAGUUGGAGAGCUGGAAGCAGCAGUUCCUUAAAUUCCAGGCAUUUGCUGAAACGCUUACUAAAGAGACUCAAGACUUGAAGACCAAGAUUGAGACUCAUAAGAGGGAGAACAGGAGACUUGGUGGCCUCAUCGACCAACAGAAGGACGACAACGCCCGUCUUUCAGUUCGCCUUACUGGCACUGAGAAGCAGCGCGACGAUGCCCUCGAAGCACUUGUUCUUCAACAGGAGAUCGCUGAAGAGCUUGAGAGGGAGCGCAAGCGGAACAAGAAGGAAUUGGCCUCCCUUCAGCACACCAACGUCACUAUUGUGCGACAACGUGACGAAGCACGCCGUGUUGUCUUGCACCUGCGCAGCUUGAUUGGUGGACAGUCUCACCACAUGGAGCACUUAGUUCAGUCGCUGACUACACGCGACGACUUAGCUGGUGAGAUUGAAGAGGGUUUCGAGGAAGAUGGAGAUGAGCAGCAAGAUAGUAAGUCACGGGAACUUUUUAACUUGGCGUUGGGUUCCCUUGCUAAUGAGUCUGGGUUAAAAGGCCACAUGUUGAAGAACCCUAGCCGAGGAAGCAAUCGCCUUUCUACCGCCAGCUUUACCGACGUAGCUGACCGACAUCUCAAAGACAAGACCGAUGCUAUCUCUCACAUUAUUAGGAAUAUUGCAGAGCAGUGUCAGGCCGCUGUUGAGGGUCUCCAGCUGGCUCAAGAUGCCGAAAUCGAGUCAUCUAGGUCGCCACGACGGGCAAGCAACCUAUCAUCGGUCCAUAGUGACGAUGGUCACUCGGCUGCUACUUCUGAAGUUGGCGAUGACAGCCACUUACACCCCUCUGGACGCGCGUCUAGUAUUCCUCCGACCCCAGACUUGAUUCCCAACCGAAGCAGCACAGCCAUGUCUAUGGCAUCGACUAUGACGACUCCCGAGCGAGCGAGCCAGCAGUACAGCAUCCACAACGACAUUCCUACUAAGAUUGUCGAGGAUGACGAAGAUGACUUGGCUGAGCGAAGCGAGAGCGAGACGUUAUCACAGGAGCCCGGCCUGGUUGGUAAACACGCUUCAAGCCUCAUCCACCGCCCGUCCGGUGCUAGAAUUAGUGCUCUCGGCGGUACCCGCUAAAUUUUUGUGUGUUCCUAACUUGUUGCAUGUAUGGAGUCGGUAGCGACAUGUACCAAGAAUUUUCUGCCUGUUGAAGGCUUUACCAAGGAAGGGCGAGUUGUCUUUGUAUCAUUUGCCUCUACCUGUGUAUAUGGACUUUGCUUAUACCUUGGCCUAUCUGUUUAUGGACCUGUAUGGCGUUCUACUCUAUGAAGUGUCUCGGAUUUUCGCUCUUUGCUUUUCCUAUAUUCUCUCUUGGCCCUCUGACCCACUCUUAAUUUUCCUUCUGGUAUUAAGACAACUGGAGAUGAGACUCUGUUGGCCA